UUUAAUGUCAUCUGUCAUCUGAAAUGUGAUUGGUAGCCAUUUUCAUAUUUUCUUUCUAUGCAAUUUGGCAAGAUUCCACGAGACAAAUUCGCAUAAGUUCAAGUUAUUUUACCGAAAUCCAGUGGUUCAUUUAACGAAAACUCAAUAAUUCUAACGCAAACCAUGCCUGGUUUUGAUGAUAUCAAAUCUUCAUGGGCCGAUGAGGUCGAAUUAGACUCGGGCGGACUACCACCACCAACCGAAACGUUCGAUAAGGGACUGAAAAUAGUCACCGAAUACAAAUACAAUAAUGACGAUAAGAAGGUCAAAACAAUUCGAACGUAUAAGUUUACAAAGCAAUUGGUGCCCAAGAGUUGUGCAAAACGGAAAACUUGGGCCAAAUUUGGAGAUUCGGCUAACGAUAAGCCCGGACCGAAUCCACACACUACUGUCGUUCCCGAUGAUGUCACGAUGAAUUUCACCACAAACAAAGAAGAGGAAAAGGCAAACGAAGUAUUGGACCCGUCGAAGAACAUUGCCAAGUGCCGUAUUUGUCAAGCCGAACAUUGGUCCGUCAACUGUCCGUACAAAGGAACCUCGAUGGAUUCGAGCAAAUUGCUGGAGACGAAAACAGCGGCUGCAUCAGCUGUGCCGGAAACAUCUGGCACGAAGACCGGCAAAUAUGUGCCACCAUUCAUGAAAGAUAAUGCAAAGGGUGCCAUGUCUGGACUACGCGGCCGUGACGAUACCACAGCAAUUAGAAUUUCCAAUUUAUCUGAGUCGAUGGUCGAAGCUGAUUUAGAGGAAUUGGUCAAGAAGAUUGGUCCACACAGUAAAAUGUAUUUGGCCAGAGAUAAGAUCAACGGAAAAUGUAAAGGAUUUGCGUACGUACAUUUCAAAUCGAGAAACGAUGCUGCAACUGCAAUCGAUUUACUACAUGGACACGGUUAUGAUCAUUUGAUUUUGAAUGUAGAAUGGUCGAAGCCCCAGACACAAAAUUAAUAUUUUUUACAAUUGAAUACAUUGGCGCUGAUGAAUGAAAUAAAUAAAUAAUUGAAGGAGGAAAAUCAUGUCAA